AUGAAGGUAAUUAAAACAUUGUCUAUUAUAAAUUUCUUUAUUUUUCUUGCCUUUAAUAUUAAAAAUGAAAGUAAAUAUAGCAACACAUUGAUAAACAAUGCUUAUAAUAUGAGUAUAAGGAGAAGUAUGACAGAUACUGGUUCUUCUGCUACUUCUGGUGGUGCUACUUCUGGUGCUAGUACUCCUGCUGCUGCUCCUGGUACUGCUGGUACUGCUGGUACUGCUGCUGCUCCUGGUACUGCUGGUACUGCUGGUACUGCUGCUGCUCCUGCUGCUCCUGCUGAUGGUGAUAGUACUACUGUUACUAAUGCUGCUGGUGCUAAUGCUGAUGGAAACCCAAGUACUGUCGCUACUACCACAACUACUAAUAAUGCAACAGAAUCUACCAGCAACUCUUCAGAAGAAUCAAAUGCUGAUAAUGCCGCAAAGAAUACAAAAGAUAAUGAAGCAAAUCAAGAACCAAAUAAACCAAAUGAAGAAACUCAAAAUAACUCAAAUGUUCAACCCCCUGAAGUCGCAGAGGCCGAAAGCCCUACUUCACAGCCUGAACAAGCUAAAAAUCCUACUCCAGCAACCGAACAAGCUGAAACCCCCGAAUUACAAUCUGUACCAGAGAAUAAAGCUACUGAAAAACACGGACAUAUGCAUGGUUCUAGAAAUAAUCAUCCACAAAAUACUUCUGAAAGUCAAAAAGAAUGUACCGAUGGUGACCAAACAAACUGUGGAGCACAAACAUCCCUCUUAAGUAACUCUAGUAACAUUGCUUCAAUAAAUAAAUUUGUUGCUUUAAUUUCAGCAACACUUGUUUUAGCUUUUGCCAUAUUCAUAUAA